AUCACCUGUCCACCUCCCACCUGCAUGUUGUUUUCUAUUUCAUUGAUCAUUGCCAAUUUCAGAAAUGCCGGUUGAAGUUUUACAGUAGAAGUAGUCGGUGUCAUCGUCUGAAAGUUUUGCUUUUCUAUUUUUGUGACUCAACUAACGCUAAAUCUUGUGAGUCUGACUAUGUAGGUCGUGUUCCUGACAGAUUUGUGUUGGGACUUUUGGGGGGAGGGGUCAAAGAUUGAUUGGGAUUGAUUCUAUAUGUAAUUCAUUACAAGGUUUGCAGCUUUGAAUCACGGUUCAACUAAAUGCUGUUAGAUGUCUAUGUUUUGAUGUAUCAUUAGGAUAUAUACUCUCUUGGUAGAUGACCAGUUUUGUACUGUUUUAGUCUCAUUUAAAAGACUUUAUUUGAUUCAUGUUUUGAUUCUCCUACAAAUGAUGAAGAAGCAUCUUAAGUAGUGUAUACAUGAAGCUUUUAAGUGCUUUCGAUAUUUAUGAUAUGUAUGUUAUGGCAUAGGCACAAUAGAAUUACUAAACCUACCGGAACCAAGAUCUUAAAAGAUAAGUCACUGACAAUGACAACCCCUAAGAGACUACGGGAUCUCAUCCGAGAAAUCCGGUCAGCCAGAACAGCGGCGGAUGAAAGGGCAGUGGUUCAGAAGGAGUGUGCAUCCAUCCGUGACUCUUUUAGGGAUCAGGAUAACACUUACAAAUGUCGAAACUUGGCCAAGUUACUCUACAUUCAUAUGCUGGGAUAUCCUGCCCACUUUGGUCAGUUGGAGUGUUUAAAGCUGAUUGCCUCCGCAAAGUUCACAGACAAGAGGAUAGGAUAUCUGGGUGCUAUGUUGUUGCUGGACGAAAGACAAGACGUCCAUCUUCUGGUGACAAAUUCAUUGAAAAAUGACUUAAAUCACCAGACCCAGUACAUUCAGAGUUUGGCCCUGUGUACACUAGGGACAAUCUGCUCUGUGGAAAUGAGCAGAGAUCUGGCUGGAGAAAUUGAAAAAAUGAUCAAGUCUUCAAAUGCCUACAUCAAGAAGAAGGCUAUCCUGUGUGCCUUCUGCAUCAUCCGCAAGGUGCCCGACCUGAUGGAGAUGUUUAUCCCGGCCACCCGCUCCUUACUGAAUGAGAAGAACCACGGCGUCUUGUUGACAGCCGUGUGUCUCAUCACGGAAAUGUGUGAGAAAAGCCCAGACACCCUGCAUCAUUUUAGAAAGGUGGUUCCUAUGCUUGUACGCAUCCUCAGAAAUCUGAUCAUGGCCGGUUAUUCUCCUGAACAUGAUGUUUUUGGUGUCAGUAAUCCGUUUUUGCAGGUGAAGAUCCUUCGCUUGCUCAGAAUUCUAGGGAAGAACGAUACUGAUGCUAGUGAAACCAUGAAUGACAUUUUAGCACAGGUCGCUACCAACACUGACACCAGUAAAAAUGUAGGGCAUGCCAUUCUGUAUGAAAUUGUUCUGACCAUCAUGGGAAUUAAGUCAGAAGCUGGACUCAGGGUUUUAGCAGUAAAUAUUCUUGGAAGAUUUCUGCUGAAUAAUGACAAAAAUAUAAGAUAUGUGGCAUUAAACACACUUUUGAGGGUUGUACAAGCAGAUUACAAUGCAGUCCAGAGACACAGGACAACCAUUAUUGACUGCCUGAAGGAUGCUGAUAUUUCUAUAAGAAGGCGUGCCAUGGAACUCUCUUUUGCCCUAGUGAACACGGGAAACAUCAGGGGAAUGAUGAAGGAACUUUUGGACUUCCUGGAAAACUGUGAUCCAGAGUUCAAGGCAGAUGUUUGUUCAAACAUUGUCCAGUCAACAGAAAAAUACUCACCCACCAAGAGAUGGCAUAUAGACACUGUGAUGAAGAUGCUACGUGUAGCGGGGUCCUAUGUGCGAGAUGAUAUUGUGUCCAUAUUGAUCCAGUUAAUAGCGGAGACUUCCGAACUGCACAACUACACAGUACAACAACUGUUCCUGUUGAUCAAAGAUGACAUUCACCAGCCGUCCCUGGUACAGGUGGCCCUGUGGUGUAUCGGAGAGUACGGCGAGAAACUGAUCUCCGGGGUCUGUGAGGAGGAUGAACCCGUGCAGGUAUCAGAAGACGAGGUGAUAGAUGUUUUAGAAAAGGUCUUAACUCAUAACUACUCCACAGAAGUCAGUAAGGAGUAUGCAAUGACCAGUCUUAUGAAGCUAACUUCUCGAUUUAGAACCUCAGUAGGGAGGGUCAAAGCUGUGAUAGAUGCUUAUGGUGGUUCAACACACGUAGAACUCCAGCAGAGAUCUGUAGAGUAUUCUAAUAUCUUCACCAAAUAUGAAAAUAUGAGAUCAGCUUUAUUAGAGCCGAUGCCAUUAAUAGAGGGUAGCAGAAGCAAAAAUGUUUUAGCCAACUCUGAAAGUUCAACUGAUUUACUUAAUGAAGGAAAUAUUCCUAAUGGUGAAAGUACAACAUCAGUAAAAGCCAAAAAUAUCAACAAUACAGAGAGUCAGAAUAUUUUAGAUUUAUUAGAUGUAGUUCCUCCAGCGGGAAAUUCUGCAAACCCAGCUCCACCCCCCUCCGGCGGUGCCAAUGACCUUCUAGAUCUCCUGGGAGAUGUAGCCACGAUAUCAAAUCCAGCUCCACCUGUGAAGCCAACACCUGCCCCCAACUUACUUGAUGAUUUGAUGGGAGGGGACACCACGCAUAAUAACCAAAUGAAUGGAAAUGAUGGUCCAUACAAGUUGACCGCAUUUGACAAGAAUGGUCUGAAGGUGGAAUUAACCUGUGAGCGAGACAAUGGACAGCCCAAUGUGACCAUCAUCAACGUCAAGUCCACCAACUCCACAGCCACCACAAUGUCAGACUACAUAUUCCAAGCCGCUGUUCCUAAGUCAUUCCAACUACAACUGCAGUCUCCAUCAGGAAGUACAUUACCACCAAUGAACGAUGGAGAGGUUACUCAAGUUAUCAAAGUCAACAAUCCACAGAAACAAGCUAUUAGGUUAAGGAUUAAAGUGAGCUAUAAGCAGAAUGGAAACAACGUCACAGACAUUGGUGAAGUGAGUUCUUUCCCAUCAACAUUAUGGCAGUGAUGCUGAUGGGACUUAAAACACGUGACAUUCUUUGUAGAUCAAGGAUUUUCUAUCGGGAUCAAGGACUCGUCUAUUAAAUGUCUGCACAUAGGGUACUACUGCAGUGUAGCGGGGAUUUUGAAAUUGCAACCAACUGUGUAGACAUAGAUUUAAUUUGAUCAUUUUUGACUACGUUUUGUGGUCACUAUUGAGUGCAAUACAGGGAAGUGCUCUUCAUGAACUACAUGUAUUUGAAGACUAAGGGUGCAUGGUCCCGAAGCAAACACUGUCCUGUCCCGAGGCCCAAGGCCGAGUGCUCUUUCUGCAAAGUUGAUCUGUUGAUUGGAAGAGUGAGGAGAUCCUGAUUUUUACAGUGCUGUGAGACAGAAGUAUAUUGUCAAAAACAAAGUAUAAUGCUAUUUAUUUACUGUGUUAUCAUUCCAAUGAAAUCUUGUGAUUGUUAUUCAAUUAUUUUUGCUAUGAGUGUAACUGACAAAUCGUGGUUGAACUUAAACUUGGAAGUUGUGCUUAGAAUGCUGCUCAGAAUGUGCUUGAAUUUUUUUUUUUUUUUAAAUAACAAAAUGGAGAUCAAUUCAGAGCACUUUAUAUUGCAUGAUUUUCUACAUAUUGGAGAGACAUUUAAUCGUGUAAAAUGCUUUAAAUACUUGUACAAAACUGGUAAAGGUGAAUUAGAGAUUCUGAACUGAGUAAAGGAAGUAUAUGUAGUAAUCUUAUGAAAUUGAACAAAGAGCACAUCAAAAACCACAUCAUUUUUGUGUGCUAGAUCUGUCAAGCUUUUUAUGGAAUAAUAGCCUGCAAUUGCUGGUUUUCAGAUUUCACUUUUUUGAAAUAGCAUUUAGGAAUACAAGUUCUGCUGAAGUUAAACCUUUGAAGAAUAUUACCUGAGCUUUUGGCUGGCAUAAAAUUUAUGCAUGCAGUUCAUUUAUUUUUAGGGAAAAAAUAUUAAUGAUAAUGUCCAUCAUAUCCUGUUAUGGUGCAUUAGGUUAACUCUUUGUUAAUUGUUGACUGAUGACUUUAAUAGAAAACGAAAUGAAAUCCUAUUUAUAUUAACAUGAAAAUAAUAAAUAUGUUUAUAAACAGAAAUAUGAAUCUUCAAUGUUUAUAAAUACAGGCGUUAUUACUUUUUCACGCAAAGUUCUUAUUUCAAAUCAACAUAAAAUCUAAAGUAAAUGUAAUUUAUUUUUUCUUUUACAGAAUGUAAUAAGAUUUUAAAGUUGAUGUUAAUAAGUUUUUGAUGGAGGAAGAAAUAUUUUACAAAUCUCAUUUUAACAAUGGAAAUCUUUACUUUUGUUAUGUUCAGCAACUUCACUGUGCUCUUGGUAGAUAAUGAUAUAAAAAAAAUACCUGUACAAAAUCAUGCACAUCUGUCAUUCAGUAGCUGCGGUUCAUAGUUAGACAGAUGCUUAAUCAGUCGAGUGUUUAACUGAGUGUUAAAAAGUGCGUGGUCUAGUCUUCAUUGCACUUGCAUCAUGAAUAAACUUGUUCUAAUGGUGGUCCAAAACUGAUGUUCGAAAUAGUGUCUAAUGAACAGUAUGUGAAAGUGAUGUUUACUCUGGUUCAAAGCUAUAAACAGAUUGUUUUUGUUUUAUAAUUAUGAUCAUUUGUUACAAAG